AUGAGCUUCACCACUGAGGAGAGAGGAAGGCCAAACACACAAGACUACAGGGUGUUUUUCAAGAACUCAGAGGGAAAAUACAUCUCCCCAUUCCACGACAUACCCAUUUACGAAGAUGAAGCCCAGAACAUAUUCAAUGCUGUUAUUGAGGUUCCAAGAUGGACGAGUGCAAAAAUGGAGAUUGCGACCAAAGAUCCACUGAACCCUUUAAAGCAGGACAUAAAGAAAGGUGAGCUUCGCUACGUGUGCAACGUGUUCCCACACAAAGGUUACAUCUGGAACUAUGGAGCAAUCCCACAGACUUGGGAGGACCCAAACCACAAAGACGAGGACACGGGGUGCUGUGGUGACAACGACCCAAUUGAUAUCUGUGACAUCGGCAACAAGGUAUGCUCUCGAGGUGAGAUAAUCAAGGUGAAGGUGCUGGGGACGCUGGCAUUGAUUGAUGAAGGAGAAACAGAUUGGAAAGUCAUUGUGAUAAACACAGAGGAUCCUGAAGCCAGCAACUACAAUGAUAUUGAUGACGUAAGGAGGCUGAAACCAGGUUACCUGGAGGCAACACUAGAUUGGUUCAAAAUGUACAAAGUUCCAGACGGAAAACCUGAAAACCAGUUUGCCUUCAAUGGAGAAUUCAAAGACAGGGAUUUUGCCAUAAAGACAGUCAAAGACACUCAUGGUUUUUGGAAAGCUCUGAUUUCCAAAAAGACUGACAGCGGUGAGCUAAACUGCAUGAACACCUGUGUGAGUGAUAGUCCAUUCUGCUGUUCCACUGAUGAAGCCAAAGCUGUAGUUGAUGCAACAAGUCCUUUAGGUCACUCAGAACCCAUUCCAAAUUCAGCUGACAAAUGGUACUACUACAACAAGUAGUCACGCUGAUGCUCACCCUUUCAAAAAAAUUCAAAAAGAAAUGGAGCCAAUCAUCAAAACUUACCUAACAUUACACGUAACUAUUGUGAUCCGCUUUCCUCCGCAUAUUUUCAAAUGAGAAAAAGAAGCAAGUGCUUUGGGAAUGACAUGAAGUGUUUGUCCCAGUUUUCUGCUCUGCCUAUCAAAAGAAAAUGAAUAA